UUGUCAAAUAGAUAUUUCUUUAAAAUUGUCUAAAAAAGUACUUAUAUUUUUCACUCCGAGCGGAAGAAAACUCGUGUUCAAGACUUUUUCUCCAAAAUUAGGUUGAACACCUAAUCUUGAACACCUCGGCAUCAGGCUUUGCAGCUCAUCGAUCCGCCCCUGAGUACCCUCACCCAACAAAGCCGAGGGAGCACCAGGGAGCACCUCCGUUACAACAAAUGGCGGGUACCGUCGUAAGUACCUGCUCCCCCACCCCGUGUCUCGCCCAUGGUGGGAAAAAGUCCGUCACACACCGGCACACAUCUCCGGCGUGACGGUGGUUGCCACACAGUCGUACAGCGAGGUCCGGCUCGCGAGGGAAGCUCCGAACGGCUGACAAUUUUUCCGGCGCGUCGCGGCUCACGCGCGCGUCCCCCAAUCCCGCCUUGGUUUUUCCUUUCGCAAUCUGAGGAGCGGGGACCCCCUGCUGCAUGGUGGUCCCCCUGUCCCCUCCCUUGUACCAUACCAUACCGUAUCGUACCGUACCGUACCGUACCGUGCCGUUCGCAGGGAACGGCACUCGCUCGCGCGCCCGAAAGAGAGAGAGAAGUCGCCGCCCGUCCGUCUGUUCGUUCGCGUUCGUUUGCGAGCGAUUCGUCUCGUCGAAGCGAUACUCGAAGGUAUCGAAAGUGCAGUUUUGGAGGAUCACACAGUGGAUCGUGACAAGAGGAGGACAAUCGUGAAAGGAGAACAAGACACUCCUCGGCGUCGUGUGGCGCGAUGCCGGAUGACAGAUCAGGUCCGGAGCAGCUAUCACAGGUAGAGUCCCCCGGGAACGUUCCCGUUUGGGGGCCAGGCCUCGGCGCAGAAUGACGAGCAUCGUCGGCUCGUGCUGCUGCUGCCGGAAGCGAAGCCGCGAAGAGGAGCAACGAACAGCCCGGCGACGAAGACGACGACGACGAGCGACGAGUUCGGGUCCCUCUAGCGUCAGCGGGGGGCUAUGAGCGCUGACAAUGGGGACGAAUCCUUGUCGCAGCUGUCGAAACGUCGGCGAACGUCGCUACGGCUCGGUACCAUGAUACGCCCCUGCAUCCCGAGCGGGCGAUCGCGCGUGAACGUCAACGUCGUCAUCGUCGGCAUCGAGGCGUGGUGACGCGACGUCGGCCGACGAUCUCAGUUCGCCGGCAACGGCCGUCGUGACAACUCGCGCCGUAACGCGAACCAGCCCUCGGAAAGAGAUCGCCCACCCCUUCCGCCCAGAGAAAGGGUGUAUCGCGAGGGGUGCGAAGAAGACGAGAGCGAGAAGACGCGGCGGUGGCGACGAGAGGGCUACACCGUUCUGCGAUAAAGGAAACAAUACCAAAGGGGUGACAUUAGGACGAGAGAAGCGAGAGGAGACGAUAGCCGGAGGAGGGGCACAGGGACAAAACACGUGGAUGCUGUGGCCGGUGUUGGGGGGGGAUGACGGGCUGAGCCCCACAGCGUCGCCCACGCCGGUGGCGACCAGCGCCGUCCCCCCCGCGAAGGGGGUAAACAAACUGACCCCCCUGCUGCUCUGCGCCCCCUGCAAGCCCGGUGGCCACCGGAAGAGCCAGAGCUCCACCCAGUGGUACGUGCAACAGCCCACGUGGCGUUUAUGGGGCGAGGAAAGGGGCGACGGCGUCAUAUACACGGUAUACCUAAAGAAGGUCCGAUACCACCGGCCCACGAGAAGUCUAUCAGCAUCGGACUCUGACGACGAAAUCUCGCACUUGGAAUGGGAGACGGUGAGGGUGCGCUUCCUGAAGGCUGGCACGGUGCAGCGGCUGGUCGAGAGCCUGGCGAACGACGACGGCGAGUUGGAGUCCACCUACAUAAACAUCUUCCUGGCGACGUACCGGGCGUUCACCAGCCCGCGUGAGGUCCUCGAGUUGCUACUCGCGCGAUACGACGCCCUGGACGGGAGCGUCGGCUGCGAGCAGCACCGCAAGACCCUGGUCCAGGCUCUGCACGUCUGGCUGGAUGCCUACCCGGGCGACUGGAAGUCACCCCCAAAUCACCCGCUGCUCACCAGGCUCCUCGAGUUCACGCAGCAGCGCCUCAUCGGCUCUGAGCUUGAGCUCAAGGCCAAGCACCGGCUGCACCGAUUCCAGCGAGAGGAUCAGAUAGACUCCUGCAUGGUGUACGACAAUGGCCGACUACCCAUGCGCGGUUCCCCGGAUCCGAUGGCGGAUCACUGGGGAAACUACAUCUUCCCCGAGGUGCCCCACCGUCACUUCGCCGAGCAGCUGACUCGGAUGGAUGCCGAAGUGUUCAAGAAGCUGGUCGCCCACCAGUGUCUCGGCGCCGUGUGGUCCCGGAAGGAUCGUUCCAGGAGCCACGAGGCCGCCACAGUGGUGGCGACCGUUAACCAAUUCAACGCUGUCUCCCUGCGAGUAAUCUCGACGAUCCUAACGGACACAACGCUCAAGUCGCAGGAGCGCGCCAGGAUUCUCGAGACGUGGAUCGACGUUGCGCAGGAGUUGCGAGUACUCAAGAACUUCAGUAGUCUGAAGGCGAUCGUCUCCGGCCUUCAGAGCAAUCCGGUGUACCGACUGGAGAAGUGCUGGCAGUGCAUGCCCCGCGAGAAGCACGAGCUCUUCCGCGAGCUCGAGAGGAUAUUCUCGGAGGAAAACAACGCCUGGACGCAGAGAGAGUUACUCAUCAAAGAGGGCACUGCCAAGUUCGCCGACACCGCCGGCAGAAGCGAUAGGCAUCUGCAGAAGCUCUUUCAGAAACAGAAUACUAACGCGGGCAACAUUAGCUACGGCACGAUACCGUACCUAGGAACCUUCCUGACUGACCUCACCAUGAUCGAUACGGCGAUACCGGACACGAUAGCCGACGGUCUCAUCAAUUUCGACAAGAGACGGAAGGAGUUCGAGGUGCUAGCCAGAAUAAGGCUUCUGCAGGGCGCGGCAAACGCGUAUAAUUUCAGUAUGGACCCCGUGUUCGAUCGUUGGUUCCACUCGGUGGUGGUGCUGGACGAUCGGGAAGCGUACAAACUCAGUUGUCAGAUCGAGCCACCACCGGGGAACACCCUCAAUAAUCGCGGCAAAAAGAAGCAGGGUCACCAGGGUCAUCGGAAGAACGAUUCGAUCGCCUCCACGUCCAGUUCGAGCAGUUCGCAGUUUUACUGCGACCUCGACUCCCUCCCAAGUUCACCACACAACUCGCUAGAUCGGCGAACAUCACCAUCGCAGAUGUCCAGCUCGUCCUCUAGUUCGUCCCUACCAUCCCUGGAUGUGUCCCUGAGCUCCGGCGGAGGUGGCAGCCAUCAGACUCGUCUGGCACCACCGACAGGCGCCAUGGCCAACGGUAGCACUCCGAAUCUCGCCGGGCUAUCCAGUCCCAGCCACUCGCACAAGAGCUCGCCCGAUUUCUACAUCAUCAAAGUCACCAUGGAGACGGACAAUGUGGAGACGGAAGGCGUGGUGCUGUACAAGUCAAUAAUGCUGUCGAACAACGAGCGGACGCCUCAGGUUAUCCGAAACGCCAUGCUGAAGCUCGGCCUCGAGGGCAGCCCCGAUCAGUACACCUUGGCCCAGGUGCUACCUGAUCGGGAGAUGGUGCUACCCAACUCAGCCAACGUCUAUUACGCUGUAAAUACCGCGCACAAUCUCAAUUUCAUACUGAGACAGAGGAGAGAGCCCAACGACGCGAUCUCGGACAGUCCCAGGAGCAAAGGCAAUGGUCACAAUCACAAAAGGUAGUCUUCCUGAUGGCCGUCGAGCGGAAAAGGAAGACUCCCGACGUUUGCCAACGUAAACGGGACAGUUCCCGGACAGUUACACGAACUUUAGACGCGAAAUUAGAGUGCCGAUGGGUUCUCGGUGAAAAAGAGUAAAAUCGAUCGGUGUAAUUGCGAUAGAAGACUAAUGCGAUGUCGUAGCGUACGUCAGCGAUCCCGUCAGAGCCGGAUAAAUUAAGUUGUAAUAACGCACAAAAUUUCUUAACAUUUGAUAUGACAAUGUUGACGUGUCAACGGUAUCUUAAUCGAUACUAUCAAUAAUAAUUGGUAAUGUUAAUGUUACUAAUUGGCGUUAUUAAUGUAUCACUGCUGGUUACUAAUGUUAACAGUAUUAAUUACAUAAUAUCGCAACAAUACAUAUCAGAGUAUUGCAGCUCAAUGUCCGGUUCGCUAUUAAGAUAUUCCAUUGUAAUUUAAAAACGACUACUUAUUUAAUAGUUAUGUACUACAUCGUCAUUCGCGUGAAGAAGCGACGAUCACAGUAUCAAGCAUCACAAUUACCGCAAUCAAUCGCGCAUCCUUGCUCUCUCUCUUUCUCUCUGUCGCGAAUUGAAGAGCAAAGAGAGCGAAUCUCGCCGUACUCGCGAUAAUUAAUUUGUUUAUUAAGAUUUACCAUGACAACCCGGCCGCUUCGUUUUUUCGACGCGACGAAAACGAACGAUCGAGUUAUGAUUAAGCGCGUAUGGGUCACUCGUACGACCGGAAGUGCGUAGACCCGCGUAAACGAAACCACACAUACACACACACAACACACACACACACACAAAUACACACGAACACACACGAACGUACGCAAACACGCACGCACGAAUGCACACGCGCACGUACGCACGGUAUAUAUGUAUACAUGACUUGUACCAGUAUUCAAAAGACAGAGAGCUCGACGUAGAGUUGCGCAACCGAGCGAGCUGUUCUAGCAUUAUUCUAGGCGCAGCGUUUAGCGUGAGUCACACACGCGAGGUUCUUAUCGAUGCCGCCGUGUGACGCAAACGAGCGCGAGGUGCCCGUAUUCUAGCUUUAGCAUGCCGUUAGAGCGUCUCCAAUGUUAAGAGAGCACGUGCGACCGCUCCCAUUUGCCUAAUUCUGUGAGGAAGAGAAGCGUAAAGAUCAUCGAUAAGGAUAAUUGAAGAUUUAGGAAUGUCAUUCUCUCUCUUAUAUAUCGUGAUCACGUUUAACGAUGAACGCGGUCGAUUGAAUGUCUGCCUGAUGUAAACACGCGACGAUAUUACUGGAAAUAAUUAUACUAUACUCAUAAAGGAAGCGCUUAAUUUUAAGAUUAUAUAAAAAUUGUUUUUUUUUUGCCUCUGUUUUUAAUUACUUAAGUGUUCUAGUUGAAACGAUGUUUAGAUUUAAAACACUAAAAGCAUUAAUUUUAAUGGUGAAAUCUUUCAAUCUUUGACUUUACGUUCAUUUCCACCAAUGUAAAUAACUUUGAUCUCCAGUCAGCUUUUUCUUUAUCUUUUCCUAGUUCUAAGAAUUGAAAAAAGAUAAAAGUUAAGCCGAGAUUGAAGUUAGCGUUUUAAAUACGAACGUCAUUUAAAAUCAAAACAUUGUCAAGUAUUUAAAAAACGAAAAUAUAAACAAGUCAUUUUAAUAACCUGAAAUUAAAUACUUCUUUUGUAAGCGUAAUUACUUCAAUGUGUUUUGACAUCGUAUUUAAAUGAAGAAUCGAGAUUAUUACUCUCACGACGGAGCCAUAUUUUUUAAACGUGCUCUCUUUGCGAAAUUUGUCCGAUAAUAAUUACGGUCGAUGGUAUUAUGAGAAAGAUAAUCAUGUUAAAGUAACUCAACGGGAAUUUCUACGUUCGUUGUGCGAGCCGCGUUGAACUCUAAACGUGCGGCAGCGAAAUUACGGGCACCAUCUACGACGGCACCUCUUCGCGUGUGCGUGUAAUGUACAAUAAAUGAUGCACGUGUUUUUUCGCGGACGUUAACGAGAUUAUAGAGAAAUAGCGGGACAAGCGACUCGAGCCGAUAAGGGUCGAUUGUGAUUUUUUUGUAAAUAAUUGUAAUUGUGCGUAGAGCGGUAGACUCGACCAAGCGGGGGGAAGAAAGGCCCCCUCGCGCGAGGGGGGAGGCGGUGCCCCGCCGAAAACUUGUCAAUUAUAUUGUUCGCCGUUCCUUCUCUCGUGUACUCCGGCAAGCGGGAUCCGACACUAGAACUGCCUCGUCAAAUAUUCGUCCUUCAAAAUAUCCUCGCGAAUUCGUCCGAUGAAUUGUUGCGAAGGCAAGGAAAAAUUCUGUGAUAAAGGAAUCUCUCCCAUUUUUUUUUCUCUCUCUCUCUUUUUUCUCGACUCGCCGCGCACAAAACGGAGGACGAAUUUCGGUCUGCGACGAUCGGACAAGCCCACUUUUUCCGAUAUCGCUCCGCGCGAGAGGUCGGGGGAAAAUUUUCAAGAGGCUUUACGAGCUCUCUGUGGUUUUAUCACGCCACACACUCGCCGGCGAGAUAGAAACGAACGGCCCGGCCGCUCCCGAUAAUCGGACAAGUCUAUAUUUUUCUGUUGUUAUAGAAAAACCGUGAAAACGUGCGGAAGGUAUCACGAGAUAUUUCGUUUGAACUCUGAGCGUGUUUACCGAGGCGAAAUCGUAAAACAGAAUUGAUAGAUCCGUAAUAGUCAGAAGAGUCCGUGUCUUCCCCCGCUGCUGUAGAGAAAAAUCAUGAGAAUGCGUCACAAAGUGGUAUUAUUACUCUGAUAUUAUUUUAAUGGGGGAAUAAUGACAUUAUCACUCACUUAUUCUCUGACUUUAGAAUUUAGCGUAAGCGCGAAGAAACGUUUAUGUGUCUCUUCUAAUUGUAAUAUACGAAAUUAAAAUUAUUUUCUCUUGGAAAUAUCGUGUUAGGAAUAAUUCGCUUUCUUAAAUAUGUGUAAAUAAAAACCAAGAAUUAACUUAAUGUAUUUAAGAAAAUUUAAAAUGACAUUUUUCAAGAUAAAAUUUUUUUUUAACGAAUUAACGAUUGAACGUUCGAAGAAGCAUUUUUGCAAAUACUUCUACGUAUAAUAAAGGUACCGCAACUGUGCCAAUCAAAGUUAAUACUCGAUUAUCGAGUAAUUAAUCGGAAAACACUAGAAUUAUGUAUUAUCCGAUUUGCUCCGGAACCGAACGAAUCCGCAAUAAAUAAUUCGGAAUUAAAUGCCGGAAAUCCGAAAGAAGCGGACCAAGUUUUUCAGCUGGUCGCGCGCUUGGGAGGAAACUCGCCUGGGUGUCAAUCGAUACUCCAUUAGUAAAGCGAGCGCUAAAUAAUGGACGACUCAUUCGUCGUGGAAAAAAAAAGUGGGCUUGCCCGGUUUUUUACCGGCGAACCUCGGUAGGCGGAAUCGAAACCCGCGCGUGCUAAUCAACUGAUCGAGAGAGCCAUAUUUCAACCAACCCCGUCACGUCGACCACUCGGGGUUUUUUUUUAACAUUGUUGCAUUUUUUCUACCGGAGCUUCGCCGUAAAUUCGGUAAACCCUCGCGCGGCCAAAAGGGAAGGAAAAAGCAUCCCAAUCAUUUAGGUUACGAACAAGGUCACCCCCUUCCCUCCUCCCCUAACCCUCCGAAGAGAAACGUUAGCCUUACACAAUUUUUGUACUUAUCUUCCCGUUGAUUUUUCCCUCCUUCUUCCCUCCUCUCUCUGCUCUUCUUUCCCAUUUCCCAACUCGUUUGUCUAACUAGCUGUGUAUUCUCCUCACGUGUAUACGCGUAGACGGCCUCGGAAGAAUUAGCGAGACCGUCGGCGGGAAGCGAAGUUGUAUGUGUAGUACGACCUGACAAAAGUGAGAAUAGAUGGCCUACACUUUUA